ACAGUUGACAGGUAACCGUAAACAAUCCCUACGAUACGCGACGAAACGUAGACUGUCCUUAUCCUACCGGGAUACCUACCGAAGUCACUAGCACAGUCGUCGCUCCUGCUUUUGCCGGAUUCGAUCCAUUGGAGAAAAAGAAACACUCCCAAAGUGGAUGGUGAAUCUGUAGAGUGCACCGAAGUUCGCUGCGAUCCGACGUGUCAGUAUGCAUCGAUCCCCGUUGCGGUUGACGUUCCCACUCGCUUGUUCGAUCUCUUGGUGUUUGUUCUUUUCCCACUGCAUACUACUGCCACUGCUUGCUACGGGAUUUACGGUUUCUCAUUCUCAUCCACACCUACAGCAAUCUCUCGCUCGGCGGCAGCUCCACACGAGUGUACCGUCACAUCGACGGCCCACUAGGAACACCCCCCGUACAAGGAGUACCCUGUGGAUGGCGGUCACGUCACGCAAGCCCGAUUUGCAGUCGUCCGAUCCCUUUGCCGUCCUCGGACUCGACCCUUCCGUCACGUUGGAUGCCAAAGAAAUCAAACGAGCCUACAAGCGAUUGGCACUCAAGUAUCAUCCGGAUGUUUCCGAAGAAAAGGACAAGAAGAAAGCGUCCGAUCAGUUCGCCCGAAUCAACUGGGCUUACGAAACGUUGUCGGGAAAGAAUAGAGGAACAACUUCCGCUGGUAGUUCUACCGGUACCACCACGCCCGGUGGGACGGGAGGAUGGCAACCCCCACACCGACGCCAAGGGUCGUAUACGUCUUCGACCUCCACGGGAUCGUCUAAUCGUGCUUCCACGGAUUGGCGUGACUACAUGCCAGGAGGCUACUACGAAAAGGAUAACCAGGACUACGACGCCGGCGGUGAUUCGUUCGAAGCCAUCUUUGCGGACUUGUUCAAGGGGGCCGCCGGAGCCGCUGCCGGCGUAUCCAGCGUGGCGGGUGGCAGCGGGAGUAUUUUCAAGGACUUUGUCGAAUUCUUGGAGCGCAACGUCGAAGGAUACACCCCCGGUGGCUCCGACGAUGACGACGCCCAAUUACGCAUUUUGUUGCGGACGGGUAGCAUUGAUCAAGUCGCCGACGAAAUGGACGACACCGAUCUCGUGGUGCAACAACUCGUCAAUAAACUCAAACAGGUCGACGAUGACCUCGUCAUGGUACAAGCCGAAAUGAAAUUGGCCACGAAAUACAGUGACCGGAUUGGUUUGGGUGAACGCGUCGACGAAUUGGAAGCACGCAAGAAGGUCGUUCAAGGUUAUUUGCAAAAAGCUCGGAAGCGACUCUUAUCUCUGCAGACGCGCUACAGGGAACUUAUUGUGGGCGGUGAUAAUGAUCGACGUGCCGGUGGACGGAGUGCGGCCAGUUCGGGUCCGGGAGAUUAUAAUUCCUACGCGAAAACAAGUUCUCCGAAUGCUGGCGAAGCGAAUGACUCGAAGGGUUCUACGGCCUACGGUACCGGUUCGACGUCUUCGUCAUCUCGUUCGCGGACAUCUUCCAACAGCAAUUCUGAGGACGCCUGGAAAGACGAAGGUUUUGGUUCGUUUGGACGUGGCCGAGGUAGCACUCGACGCGGUCGUACCGGAACCCAUCGACGAAGCACAUCUGCUUCCGACCAGGCGUCGGCGACGUCGCCCGGUAAGGAAACGUCCUACGGUGGGUCGUCAUCCUCAUCUUCCUCGCCAUAUUCCACGCGAUCCAGUACACCACCGCCGCCGCCGCCUCGUUCGUCCCCGGAGCGACCGCAGCCCACCAGUUACACGCAAGUACCGCCACACCGACGAACGAGCGGUUCAACGUGGUCCAUCGAAGACGAUAAACGACGACUACGGGAGAUGCAAGUAGAUGACGACUUUGAAAAACUCAAAAAAGACUUGGGUCUAUAAUUGUCUGAUAUAGAAACCUUAGUGUCC